AUGGUGGGCUUGUACGUGGCCGAUGAUGCCACCAUCCGCGAGCAUAACCUGCGCUAUCGCCGUGUAGAUGCAGUCACCGACGUUCUCUCCUUUGCCGCCGCGCCCAAGGCGCCCCGGCGGCCCAAUGUGGUGCCCGUCGCUUUGCCCAGCCGACGGGCUGAGAGUCAAAGCUCGGAUAGCACCAACGUGGCGCGCGCUCCCCGCGCCAUGGGAUGGGGAUUCAAGCCUGCUGCCACCACUGCCACCGUCAGCAAAGCAACCGAGCCCCAGCCGACGGCCACGCGCUCUGUGGCUGGUGCCGACAGCACCACCUUCCCUUCCCUGCGUGGCACGACCACGAGCAGCGCCGCACCGCGCCCCAAGCCCGCGGCAACUGCCGCUGCCACCACAAGAGCUGCCUUGUCUGGAGGUCCUCGUGUGACGGCCGCGCCCACUCGUGCCAAACCAGUGGCUAGUCUUGGCCCUACCGUGCGCAUGACCUCGCGCGUCGAUUGGGCCGACGAUGAUGACGACUUCCAACAACAGUUUCUUGGCACGAGCAAGCCGAAAUCGUCGUCGUCUGCUGCCCCCGCUGCUGCCCCUGCCAGUCCCCCUUCCCCGGCCGCUCCCGCGGCCUCGGGGCCCCCUACUAACGUGUGGAAGGCUGCCCCCAAGGCCCCUGUAAACGGUCCAGCCAAGACAGCCGUCGUUGACUGGGCUGCUUCAGACCCCACACUCCAGGCUGUUGCCAAGGCGCGACCUGGCGCCCAGCCCAAGGAGAUUGUCCAGGAAGCCUCGUUGAUCUUGCCAGUGGAAAUGGGCGAUCAGUUUUGGACCGGUGAAUUGCCCCGCCCGGGCGUCGUGGCCAUGAGCUUUCAACGUCGCUUUGAACACCUGCCCCUGCCCAUUGAGGUACGGCCGCCUGCUGCCGAUGAUGCCGUGCCCGUUGAAGGGGUCGUCUGGCAGCAGCAGCAGCAGCAGCAACAACAACAACAGCAGCAGCAACAGCCACAGCAAGCCUCAGUUCCAGCGCCAGUCUUGAAACAAGCGCCGAGUCAAGCUUCAGCACCGGUCUCAACGCCACCUACCCUACCCGGCCCAACCCCGGCAACUUCAUCAAGCGCCACUGGCUCGGCCUGGCGCACUGCUGAUCGUGACGACUGGCGCAGUGCCGCUGCUCGCACUGCACCCGCCAACCCUCGCGAAGCCUCGAAUGCCGACUCUCACAGCUGGCAGACUGGCAACACUGCUACAUCCGAGGCCGCCCGAUCGGCAUAUGCGGUCGCCGACCCCGCUUCUCGCGGCACGGUCACCAAGCGUGAGCUUUUUGACUGGACCGAUGGCAAGGGCGAAGCCGGGGCUGGCACAGGUCGUCGAUUCAAGUCGUCGACGAGUGCGCGCCAGCGCCAGAGCUCACAGGGAUCAGAUGGCACCGAGCGCGUGCAGCUGGCCCAGCGCCAUGAACUGCCAGAGGUUCCUGCCCCACGAACCGAUGAGGUUGUCCGUGGACGUGCUCGCUUUGAUGAGCCUGAAGUUGUCAUCCAAUUGCCUACGGCCACGCAGCGCACAACACCUGCCCAGACUAAGGAAGAAGCACCAGCUCGUCGUACCCGUGAGCGCAAACCUGCAUCUGGCCCUGCUCCUGGACUGAGCCAGACUGGUCGCGCCAAUGGCAAGGGCAGCGCCAGCUCCGACAGUGUGAACAUGCCACCCCCAGGCGUGUCUUUGGGACCUUCUUUGGAGGACAUCACCAAACAGCUGCAGCAGCAAAACUUGGCCAAGGCUCGCCAAGCCGAGGCCGCCGAACGCCAGCGACGCCGUGUUGAGGAGGAGGCGCAGCGCAAGCAGGAGGAGCGCAGCAAGCUAGAGAAGGCCUUUGGCGGGUUCUCCACGCUGGGUUUGGCUGCCGGUGAUCAAUUGCAAGCGUCGUUCAAUCAGAUUGCAUCCAAGAAGAACACCGCCGAUCGCUUUGCUGGAACCGAAGGAGUGGUGAUGCUGGAUGCGACUGCCACUGCGACUGAGACUGCUGAUGCCGAUGCCUAUGAGGAUGAUGGCUUCACCACUGUUCUCACCAAGGCUCAGGUGCAAGAGCGUCGUCGCCAGCAUCUCGAGGAGGAGCGACGUCGCCAACAUGAGGAGGAGCAGCGCCGCCGUCAAGAGGAGGAGAAGAGCCGCAAGCAAAAGCAGGCCGAGGAAGCCCGUCUCAAGAAGGAUCGGUUGGAAAAGGCUCGCGAGGCUUGGAACCAACCCGACUUGACCAAUACUCUCGACAACAACCACCUUGAUGUGGACGAUGACCUGCCGGAUGUGGCUGCCAUGGUGGCCGAUGAGGCGGAUGAUGAUGAUGAGGUAGAUGCUGACUUGGCAGCCUCCACGGCUGCAGUUGCGGACGACGAGUCGGAUGACUUGGGUGCCAAGAUGCCGCUUACUCUGCCUGCUCCCGGCAAGCCCCGGGCGAAGAUUGAGGUCGAUGAUGCUGGUGCAUCAGGCUUUGAUGAAGAUGCCGUCAAGCGUGUUUGGGCCGGUGGCGACCAGUGGGGUGCGCCGUCCUCGGAUAGCUCCAAUGCCCACGGCCAGAAUGUGUGGUCCCUCCCACUGGGUCCCACCGAUCAAGCAUCAGCGGCAGGCAUGGCGCGCUCGCCGUCGGCUCGCUUUGAGGCCACCAAGGCCGAUGGCUCAGGCUUCUCCAGCUCUUCCCACUUCACCUUUGGCGUGCCCUCCGAAUCCGACACCAAGGGUGCCGUGGGUAUGCCCGCCUCCUCUGCCGGGGACAGCAACAACUCAUCUGGGUUGCCCGCUUUUGAUUUCGGUGCCCCGGCUGAUUCCUCGCUGAAUGCCAAUGCCGAGCCUUUUAUGAGUCGCCACCAGUCAGUGGGCAAUGCCCCGAUCAUGGCUUCAUCUGUGGCUCAGAACGUCAUGCCUCGCCCCGCCACUGGUGCACACGGCGGUUCCAUGGCCUAUUCGCCCUACGGAUUUGCUGGUCCAUCCACCCAGACCAACACAUACGCUACAUAUGGUACCAACCCAGGAUAUCAUUCCUUCCCUGUGCCCUCACUAUCGUACAACAUGCCUCCGCCAGCGGCACCCUUCCUCCAGCAGAUGUCCUACCAUAAUUCUCAUCAGGCCCCAGGACAAAGCUUGUACUCUUCCAGCCUGCCACCCCAUGGUUACUCGGAUGCUUCCUUCGUGCCACAGAGCAGCUACUUUGACGAGGAUCCCAUGUCCAGCCGUGCGCCAGGCGGGGCCAGCUCCAUGGCCAGCUCCAUGCGCACUGGUUACAACUCCGCCUCAUUGUAUCCCACGAGCACUUCGUCUGCAUCUGCGGGCGGUGCUCUGGGCUACAAUCAGUCCUCCUCGUAUCCCACUCAGGCCAUGCAUUCCAUGCCGCAGCAACACCAGCAUCCACACAUGACGAGCCACGUACCUAGCUCUGGCCUGGGUGGCAUGGGCUAUGGCGCUGGCGUGCCCGACAACAAGCACCAACCAGGUCUUUCCCAGACGCACAUGCAGGCUGCUGCGCAUGUGGGUAUGCCUGACGUUGCGCAUCGUGGCAUGGGCCUCCCACCGGGCCUUCCCAUGGGUGGUAUGCCCAUGAACCGCGGUCGCGGUCGCGGCGGAGGCCGCGGUCGCGCCAUGGGCCCAACUCGUGGCACUGGCCGUCGUGGUCGAUAAACAGGGUUCUCUGAGCAUAAACCGAAUAAACCGAGGUUUUUUUUUUUUUUUUUUUCAACAGCCCGCAAUUUCAGCUCAUGGGUUUCAUCGUUGCGCAGUGAUGAAGAUAGCGCGCAAGGUCAAGUAUUUGCAAGGGGCAGAUAGAGCCGUGUGCGUGUGAAGCUACUUUUUUUUCUUUCGCUUUGGCAUGACGGGCCAGCCAGCAAAGCAUACUCUUUCAUAAAGGUUUGACCUCCUCUUUGAUGCAAAUCGAAAUUGUGCGG